UUCAAUAUGGCGGUGGAUUUGUUGGAGAUAGAGAACCGGUGAACACCGAGGAAUUUGAMCGGAAAGAUGUUUAAAAAAUUAAAACAGAAGAUCGUAGAAGAACUAGAGGGAGAGCAAAGUCCUUCGUUUGCACAAAACUCUCCAGAUAACUUAACACAGUCACCACCAAGUAGAGAAAGACGAAGAUUACAAGAAACAAAUCGACCUUCUUCAAUAUCAUCCUCUUCGUCYGAAACACUAGCCGCGAAUGGCUCUAAAUCAAAGUCAACUCCACAACAAGUACUGGCCCGUGUGAAUAAAAUCUUAGAGGCAGGCAAAGAGGAAAAGAAUGGCGACCCAUAUGAUACAACACAACCACAAACCACCAGUACUCCUAACAAGACAACCUUUGAACAUGAUGCAGAAACACCAAAAAGAGCYCYUAAUACCAUACCAGCAAGUCCAGGMUUUGCAGAUAGGUCUGAAUCUGACACAGAUCAUGACCAUGGAGCAGGGAUGGAAACAGCGACCAAAGAAGAAAUUAUGGCUAUGUACAAGAAACAAGAGCGCACUCUUACAAGAUACAAAACUAGAUUUUCUGAGGUAGUAGAUGCCUACAAAAACUUACAAAAGGAAAAUGAAAAACUUCAAACUAAUCUUGGACAAACACAGGAUAAAGCUUUACGAAGAAUUUCAGAAAUGAAAGAGACCAUCGAAUUAGAAAAGCAAGCUAAGAUGCACCUGGAGGAGACAUUAAGGCUUUCACUAGAUGAGAAGGAUGAUAUCAUUACUGCACUUCAGACCCAGAACCAGUAUUUAAAACAACAUGGACAGAGAAUUCCAUCAGAUUCRGAUGUUGUUUUAGGAUCCCAAAGUGAUGAAGAAAAGUUAGAAAGACAAAGACUUGUUGACAAGAUUGAUGGUUUACAGAAGGAACUAGACAGUGCAAAGGAAACUUCACAGAAUCAAGAGCAGACAACAGCWCAACAACURAAGGAAGCCAAAGCACUUAUCAUUCGAUUGGAGCAAGAGAAACAAGCAGCCAUUCAAGACAUGAUGUCAAACUUACAAAUAGCACUCAAAGAUAAAGACGAAACUGUUACAGAGCUCACAGAAGUCAAGAAAGCUUUAGAAGAAAGACAGUCAACCAUUGAGGWACUUACAAAAGAAAAAGAUGACUUCUUCCGAAAAAUGGAAAAAGCUCUUGAGGAAUCUGAAMAGAAAAGAGAGYUAGCUGAGUUGAAAAUGGAAAGRGAAAUGGUUUCCAUGAAAGCUGAAUUUGAUCAAACAAGAAAUUURGAGGACAGUGAACGUAAAGCUUUGAUGGAGGAACUCAAGAGAGAUAAAGCUGAAGUGGUGGCUCUGAUGCAGAAAGACAAGGAAAAGGAGCUGCAACAAGGACUGCUUAAAAAGGAGAAAGAAUUUGAAGUUAUUUUGGCAAAAAAGGAGGAACAAAUGAAAGCUCUAUAUGACGAAAAGGUUCGUGAGAUUGAGCUUGCUGUUGACGAGAAGGAGCUUCAAAAGGAGGCCGCUUUGAAAGAAAAAGAGAAGGAGAUACAACAGUUACGAACUUUGAAUGAAGACCUGAACAAGAUCAUGGAAGGAAACAAUGAUACAGCGAAUAGACUGAAUGAAAUGCAACAGAAGAUUGAACAAGAACAGGAUAAGAUGAAAGAGCUUGUACAACAACACAACAACAGACUAAAGGAAAAGCAGGAUGAUCAUCAAAAAGCGAUAACAAAAUUAAAGACAGCRCAUCAAAGUAAAAUCAAAGAGCUUACUGAAGCAACAAAGAAAGCAGAUGUGAAAAUCAYAGAGCUUGAAAAGCUGAGAAAAUCYACYGAAGAAAAGCAUCAACAAGAACUCGCUGACAAAACCAAACAGAUUGAAACUGAGAAACAAUCAGAAAUGGCAAAACUGUCAAAACGCAUGGAAAGCAAGAGCAAUGAAGUGAAGAAAAUGGUGAAGGAAUUAAGAGGGAAGUUAUCAGARAARGAAACCGAAGCRAAAGAGCUUGAAGAUAAAUUAAAAGCAGUUGAAGAAAGUAAAAACACUGAAAAAGCUGAACAAACUAAACAGUUUGWAGGUGAACUUGCUGCURCAAAAAUAGUCGUGAAUGAUUUACGUAAGGAAUUGUCGGAAAAGGAUCAAACAUUGAAAGCUUUGGAACWGAGCAAAACCAAUGAAAUCARUGCUCURACAAAAGACUACGACAAUCGUUUGACCGAGAAGGAAAGRGAAUUGGUUGACUUCAAAGGYAAAUUUACUGAAAAGGACUACUACGCCAAAGAACUCGAGAAAAAACUUCGUGCUUUGAAAGAACAAAAGGACAAAGAAGUAGAAGAUGCAAAGAAAGAAAUCGAAAUUAAAGUCAAAGAAGUCUCGAAACAGUUYGAUUGCAAAAAGGAAGAAGAACUGAAAGUUUUGAAAUCGCAACAAGAUCAAGGACGACAAGAACUUGAAAACAAAUGUAUAGAAASCGAACGUAUAAAUAAUGAACUUAAAAUCUCCUUGGAAUCGUCCAUUCAAAGAGAGAAUAAGUUAAAAGAAGAAAUUCAACAAUUGACGCAAAAACAAAAUGAACUAGUAGAAARGUUUGAAAAUGAAAAACAAACWUUUAAAGAGCAAAAACUCGUAAUUGAGGAAAAGAGUAUUAAGGAGCUUGAAAAUGCCAACACAAAAGCUGKUAGAGAUUUGGAAGCGCAGAAGAAUAAGUUCCAAGAAAUAYUAGACACGUUGAAAAAAGAAAASAGCGAUCUUGAAGAAAAACUUCAACAAGCUGARAAACAAAAUAUGGAGAAGUUUGAWUCUACCGUGACGACUCUCAAAGAAGAAAAACUGCUAUUAGAAGAGAAGAGCACUUUAGAAGUUGAGAARGUUCGAGCGCAACUAGAAAARGAAUUGAACGAAAAAGAAAAAGAGUUGGARGUGAAAGACAGAGAGAUUUCUAAUUUGAAUAAGAAAUGCUGUGAUCUUGACAAGCAAAUAACCACACAGCAAGACAMCAACAAAGAAAAAGUCGAUGAACUAACUAAUAAUGUCACAGUAAGAGACCAAAAGCUCAACAAGUUGAAAGAACAAUUCAAACAACUGAUUGAAAAAUCUAAAAACAAAGAAGAAGAAUUGAAAAAAGAGUUACAAARGAAAGACGAGGAUACUAAAAARUUGCUUACGGAAGCAGAGAAURCUUUUCAGCAGAAACUAAAUGCCAAGGAUGAAGAUGUGAGAGUCAAACUUGAAGAGUUAGUUCAACAGCGAGAAUUAAACGUCGAAGAUAUCGCGCAGAAUAUGACUGCCAUGCACAAGGAGCAACUGAGCAACAUCGAGGAAAAAUAUAGAGCUGAAAUUGCUGAUACGAAUCUUGGUUGGGAAAAUAAAGUUGCAAGCGUGAGAAAGGAGGGGGAAGCCAUGAUGGAAUCAAUAUURAAUGAGGCAAAAGAAAAAGAGGAAACCCUCUAUCAGGAAAUUGAAAACCUGAAAAAUGAACUGAAAAGCAAAGAAAAGGCGUUUACCCAAACUAAAGAAGAACAGCAAGCAACGUUGAGCAACCUUGGCGAAGAGAAAGAAACCUUAGARAAAAAGGACUUGGAGGCAGCGAAAGGAGACCUAGAGAAACAGCAUGCUGACAAGCUACUAGAAAUGGAGCUGGAAUAUCAUGAAAAAAUACAAGAAAUUAUUAAGAAACACGAAAAUGACAUCGAAACACUGAACACUGAAAACAAGACGAAACUAGACGAAAUGGAAGAAAGACAUAAACUUGAGUUUCAGUCGUUAUCAAGUGGACAGAAAUCUCAAGUAGCAGCUGUAGAGAAAAAGCUCAAAACUCAAAUGAAGAAAAAUCAGAAUGAAAUGAAAAARCUCCUUAACCAGAAGGACGCACUAUUACAAGCUCAAGGGGCUGUCAUGUUGGAAACAGAACCAGGUCAACUUCAACGUGCUAGCUCCUCUUCUUCGCUUAACGAAGGUGAUGGAGACGCUGCUCAGGCUUUAUUACGGGACCAGAUUUUAAGAUUAAARUCCGAUAUAAGUGCUUUCAAAGAACGUGAAUUGUCCCUUAAACAGCAGAUUGAAGGGCUYGGAGGAUCGCCUGUUAAAGGUAUCAACGACAGACCGGCGCAGCUAAAUCUCGUUUCAAAUCCACUUUCUCCAUUAGCUGCUCCAAACUCUCCUGUAGAAGAACCUGUACAAUUUGAGUAUCUUAAAAAUAUUUUAUUUGAGUACAUGAUGGGACGACAAAGAAAGCAAUUAGCUAAAGUUCUAACUGCCAUCGUCCAGUUUUCCCCAAAGCAAGUCAAACAAAUUAUGCAAAAAGAAGACGAAUAUGCCGCAGCUCAGGGUGGAUUUUUGUCGCCACAUAGAUAAAAUACGACAUGAAAGCAGCACAUCCAGAAAUGAGUCAAGCAACUAGAAAUCUCAAGAGAAUAUUCUUGUACAACAAUAAUCAUGUUAUAUUUAAAAUUUCAUAUUUUAAUUUAUACAAAUGUAUUUCCAACUGCUCUUCAUCUGCUGUGCUUGAAUUUUACAAAUCGAUAGGAUAUAUUGUAGAUGGGAACCCUAAGUUUAUAAAAUAAUUCUAUUUGUUAUAUCUUAAAGAUUUGGUASUACUUUAGAAAAUAUAGGGGUUUGUGCAUUUUUGUACAAUUUUUACGCGAGUUCGCAGCCAUAUUCAACUGAAUCAUGUCUUUGGUUUUUACUUUGUAUUUUCAUGUGCUUUGCUUUGGAUGCGCGUUGGAAAAUGUCCGUAUACUCGAACCUUCAUAAAAAAAGAAGAAAACAUUCGGGUGCAAAAAUUUCAGGCGUCAUGUUGACAAGACUUAUGAUAUUAUCAAACAACAAAAAAACAUCUUACUCUUGAAGAAAAAUUAUACAAAGUUUCGGGAUUGAUUUUUCAUACAUAAAAGAACGCGAUCAAACAUGUUUGCUUAACUUUGCAUUGUCGGGAACCCAGGAGUUUCUCGUUCCUCUCUCCCAGAAAACAUAAGWAUUUCAUAUUUUUUUAAGUAUGUUUUUAUGGGAGUGGGKAACUGGCAACACAAGAAAAAUACACCUUGGUUGCRUAGGAUGAUUACUUUGAAUAGAUUCGUGGAUCAACAGCUGCAUUUUUUUAACCAAAUUUAAAAGAUAUUUUAAGGUUGUGGAAGAUUUCAGUAAUAAGAAUGUAAUUAUUAUUCUGUUAUUAGAGUAACGGUAUAUUGUAUAUUAAUAUCAAAUUGUAAACUAACUAUUAGAGGACAAUAAAAACGGUAGAACAUA